CAGAAUCAUUCCUCAACAAAUAAUAAACAGAUUUCAUCAAAUCAUUCAUCAUCAUCAUCCACAGCAUCAAAUUCAUCAUCAUCAUCAUCGGCAACAUUAUUAAAUCAAAAUCAAUUAAUUGAUGAAUCAACAAUUGUAAUCGAUCCAAAUAUAUCGACAACAAUGAUUGUUGUUAAUAAUAAUAAUAAUAAAACAACAACAACAAAUAAUAGUAAUCAUGUGAAUAAUGUUUCAACAACAAUCAAAUCAUCAUCAUCAACUAUUAAUGAUAGUGGUAAUAGUGUUGGUACAGGUGAAGAAGAUUGUGAUUUAACCGAAAUUGAAAUACCACCACCAAUGGCUGUUAUACAGGAACAUAAUUAUCAAACAAUCAUGUCAUCAUCAUCAACAACAACAACAAAAAUAUCACAAGAUUCAUCGAAAGAAAUAAUGAUCGAUGAACAGCAACAAGAAUCAAAUAUUGAACAAAUGGUGAAUAGGAUUAGCCUUGAAGGCGACGAUGAUAGUCAACAACAACAACAACAGAAAGAAUAUUCUGGUCGUGAUAAUGCUACUGUUGUUGGUGAUAAUGAAAAUGAAACAAUCAAUGAACAAAAUAUUAAUAAUUUAGAUGAUUAUAAUGAUAAUGAUGCUGAUGAUGAAUCAAAAGAAAAAGAACGUGCAUUAGAAAAAAGAAAAUUUGUAAUGUUAGAAUUGAUUGAAACUGAAAGAGAUUAUGUACAACAUUUAGGAAUGAUUGUUGAUGAUUAUAUUCGAUUAUUUCGUAAUAAUACAGAUGAUAUUUGUUCGAUUGAUAAUAUACAAAUACCAGAUGAUUUAAAAGGUGGUAAAUAUAAAAUUGUUUUUGGUAAUAUUGAAAAUAUACAUGAAUGGCAUAAAGAUUAUUUUUUACCCGAAUUGGAUCGUUGUAUUGAAGAACCAGCUAGAUUAGGAAAAAUAUUUCGAAAAUAUGAACGACGUUUAAAUAUGUAUGUUGUUUAUUGCCAGAAUAAACCAUUAUCCGAAGCUGUUGUUUCUGAUUAUUUUGAAUUUUUUGAGGAUAUACGAUUAAAACUUGGUCAUAAAUUACAUUUAAGUGAUUUAUUAAUCAAACCAGUACAACGUAUAAUGAAAUAUCAAUUAUUAUUGAAAGAUGUAUUACGUUGUACAGAAAAAUCCGGUAUUGUUGGUGAAGAGAUUGAUGAUUUGAAAAAAGUUGUACAAAUAAUGAUUGUUGUACCGAAAACAGCUAAUGAUAUGAUGAUGGUAUCAAGAUUACAAAAUUUUGAUGGAAAAAUAUCUGCUCAAGGAAAAUUGCUACAACAAGGACAACUAUCAGUUGCCGAUAUUGUUUUUCAUUAUGGAACAAAUAUGAAUUUUCAAACAAUAAAGCUCAAAGAACGACAAGUAUUUUUAUUCGAACAAAUAAUUAUAUUCAGUGAACAAGUUGGCCAAAAAACACAAUUUUCAAAUCCAAAUUAUUUAUAUAAAAAUCAUCUACAAGUGAACAAAAUGUCAUUAAUACCAGAUAAAUCAUUAUCACUUGAUCCAAAACAAUUUAUAUUGAAAUCAAAAGAUCCACAACAAGAUGGUUUAGCAUUUUUAUGUGAAGGACAAACAAAAGAUGCUUCAAAUGAAUGGGUUUCUAAUAUACGUGCAAUACUUGAUACACAGCAAGAUUUUUUACGUGCACUACAAUCACCAAUUGCAUAUCAAAAAGAGCUAACAAAAGAAAUUUCGGCACCGGAAUUAUGUUCAUUAUGGAAUCCAUCAUUGAGAAAAACAUUAUCACAUCCACCAGCUUAUAUUGCUGCCAAUCGAGAUAAAUCAAAAUCAUCAUCAUCAACAACGACAGCAACAACAACAACAACAUCAAAAACAGUAACAACUACUACAUUGACAGAUGGAAAAUCAUCAUCAACAACAACAACAACACUUGGUACAACGCAAACAUCUAAAUCCGUAAGGAUUACAUCAAAUACAAAAAUUAAAAAUGAAAAACAUCAUCAUCAUAUACCACGUAUACAUAAUAAUAAUCAGCAACAUAAUGGUUCAUCAAAUAUUGAUAAAUUAAUGAUGAUGAAUCAGAAUGGUGAUUCAAUAUCGUCAUCAACCCUACCAUCAUCAUCAUCACAAUCAUCAUCAUCAACAGCGAUUAUACCGAAACAACAACAUCCCACCAAUUCAUUUAAAGAGAAAAAACGUUCGAUAAUUGAUGGAUUUAAAAAAUCAUUUAAAAAUAAACGUAAUGAUCUACUUGGUGGUGGUGGUGGUGGUGGAUUAGAUAUUACAACAACAUCUAGUCAUCAUAGUUUUGAUUCAUCAUCCAUUUCAAAGAAAACAUCAUUAACAAAUGAUUAUCUUAAUAAAAUGAAUCCAUCGAUCAGGCGUUGGUCGGAACAGACUAACGUCACUGCUACAGCCGCCGCCUCCGCCACCACAAUACCACCACCACCAUCAUCAUCAUCAUCAUCAUCAUCAAAAUCGUCCAAAUCCUCAUCGAAUACAUCGAACAAAUGAUGAUGAUGAUGAUGAUUGACUCAAAUUGAAAAUCGGAUAUUGUUGUUGUUGUUGUUGUUAUGAACCUUUAUGUUUUUUUUUCUAAUUUCCAACAUGAUCUCAUGAUCAAAACAAUUA